CGUCGGCAGCGCCAUCUUGUCUGCGAGUCAACUAGGUUUCUUUGGAAGUGGCGGAUCAAGGAAGUGGCGGCGCCUGUGUUCCGAGAGCUGGGAGCGAUGGCGCUCUUCCCUGCCUUUGCAGGCGCUGCUCAAGCCGGGGAGGCGCCCGCGGCGCAGAGUGGGGGUUCCAAAAGAGAAUUGAACUGGUUAACUAACCCAAGCUUUCGGAAUGAAGAUGCACUGAGACUACACCAACAUGCUUUAGACGUCACAGACCUUGAUUCUGAGAAAACUUCUUUCCAAAGAACAACAUCUGGCUUGGAGCCCCCAGAAGAAUGUGAAGCCUGUGAAGGAAUACAAAAAUCUGCUAGGAAAAGAAAGAAAAAGAAAAAACAGCGAAAUCACAAGAAAGCCAGAAAGAGAAGUAAAAGAGACAGGAGCAGCACUGAAUCAGAAUCAGAUGCUGAGGAUAUGAGAGAUGAUAGAAAUAAUGAAAAAGGACCAGAAUUGAAUCUACAAGACAAAUCCUUAAGUGUGAACUAUAAUUCUGUUUGGCUUGAUGAUGUUCAGGGUUUGACAACAGAGUUAUUCAGAACAGAUAAGGAUCCAGACCCUGCUAACUGGCAAUACAAGUCAUUGUAUCGAGGAAACAUUGCGAGAUACAAAAGAAGAAGCAACUUCUGUCUUGGCAUUGAUUUGAAGAAGCAACAUAUUAUCUGGGAUACCUCAGCCACAGAGAAAAAGACAUCUCAUAAACGUCCAGAACGCUACUUUACCAAAGGAGGGCUGAAGCUCUUGAAUGUAGAUAGCAUUUUCAUCAACCAUAAACAUGAAGGUUCUCCUUCUGGUUCAGCUCCUUGGAUACCAAUUUUGGAACUGGACACAGAUGAUGCUCCUACUACAAGCCAUGUAAACCCUUUGGGGAUUUAUGACCCACUGACCACAUUAUGGCUACAAGGAAAAGGUCCCCCAGAGCAAGAAUCACUAAAGGAGCAGGAACCCCAAGGGAGCUCAAAAAAUGGAAACUCCCUCCUAAUAAUGAAAGUGGAAGAAUAUAACCGGAAAAUCAGAGAGAAUCCCAGAGAUGUCAAAAUGUGGAUGGAUUUUAUUUCUUUUCAGGAUGAACUCAUGACACGCCCCAGUUGCUACACAGUCGGUGAGGGUGAACGGGAGACAAGAAAGAAAUCACUCAAGCUCAUUUUGGAGAAGAAGCUAGCAAUUCUGGAGAGAGCUAUUGAAAGCAACCCAAACAACGUUGAUUUGAAACUGGCCAGGCUAAAGCUUUGCACAGAGUUUUGGGAACCAUCAGCUGUGAUCAAGGAAUGGCAGAAACUGGUUUUCUUACACCCGAACAACCCAGAGCUGUGGCAGAAGUACCUCUUGUUCUGUCAGAGCCAGUUCAGUACUUUUACUGUUUCAAAAAUUCAUAACCUGUAUGGCAAAUGCCUGAGCACUUUGUCGGCAGUACAGGAUGGCAGUAUGGUAUCGCAUCCAGUGCUGCCGGGCACAGAAGAAGCCAUGCUAGCCAUCUUUCUUCAGCAGUGCCAUUUCCUUAGGCAGGCAGGCCAUUCGGAAAAAGCUGUCUCUCUCUUCCAAGCUCUGAUUGACUUCACCUUUUUUAAGCCUGAUAGUGUGAAGGAUAUGUCAACAAGGGGACAGGUGGAGUUCUUUGAACCAUUUUGGGACAGUGGUGAGCCUCGGAUUGGAGAAAAAGGGGCCAAGGGUUGGAAGGUCUGGAUGCACCAGCAAGAAAAGGGCGGCUGGGUUGUUCUUAACCCACCUGAUGGAGAUGAGGAAGACCUAGAAGACAAAGAAGAAGAUUUAAAGGAUAGAUCUUUACCCAAGUGGCAACAUUGGCUUCAUAUUGAGCGCUCACGUGAAGAAAGGCAUUGGGUGCCCUGGCGGCCAGACAAAACUAAGAAACAGACAUUAGAUGAUUGUGAAGAUCCAGAGAGACAGGUUGUGUUUGACGAUCUUGGCCCAUCAUUAAUAAAAAUUUCCAACUCAGACCUUCAGUUCCAGCUGCUCUGUUCAUUCUUACAGUUCUUGGGAGUACCAUGUGUGUGCCAGCUCCUCCCAUCUUUCGUCUACCUAGCAAUGGAUGAGAACAACAUUUUUGACAACAGGCAACACAGUCAAGGGCCUCUGACCUCUUUUGAUUUGCCAGUCUCUGGAAUCAGUCCUAUAGGUUGCAUGGACUCUGUGAUUCAAGGAGGAAAGCAGGUGGGCCACCCAAAGGAAGGGGAAGAAUUCAUCCAGAAUUUAUUCCAUGUGAUGCUGCCCCUAUUUUCAGGAAAAGAAAAAUCUGACCUCUCUGUUUUUUGGCUUCAGUAUGAAAUUUCUAAGGUUGUUCGAUGUUUGAAAAUGGGAAACAAAAAGCGACUAAAACUGCAAGGAAAGAAAAGUAAAAAAUUAGCCAAGAAUCUUCUUAAAGCUCCUGACAAUCGAAAUGAUGUUUCUCUUUGGCAACUUUAUGCCUACCUGGAAUGGGUACUUGGCAACAUAGAUGAUGCAAGAAAAGUUUUUGAUACAUCUCUCAGUGCAGCAGGAGCAGCUGGGAUCAAAAGUCCCCAGUUCUGCCACCUUGGCCUGCUUUAUGCCGAACUGGAAACAGAAUUACAAGGGAGUCCAACAGGAACUCUUGAGUCUCGUGCUACUCACAUACUGACUAGUCUGGCUGAGAGGGGGCCUUACGUGCCUUACAGUGGACAAGUAUUAUCCGUGAACAUUUUGAAAGCACGGAAGACGUACGAACAUUUGCUCCAAGAUUACUUAAAUGAGAGCUCCUGCUCUAAUCAAGACCAUAUUGGCAGUUCCACCCACCUGGUUGGUUUUACUGGCUGUUACAUCCUUUUCCAGUAUUUAACCCUUGGGAUUGAUUCUGCACUAUCCAUAUACAGGAACGUUUGUGAGAAACUUAGAGGCAAGGAACUUGGUGAAAAGCUAGGCGACCGGAAUGUUGCCACGAUUCUUGAAUCUAUCACACUGAUGCAUGCAAGUUUGCUCCAGUAUCACAUGAAAAAGAGCGUCUAUCCUUUGAAUCCCCUUCGCGAAGCUUUGUUGGAGGCUUUGAAGAGGUAUCCUAGCAACCAGUCCCUCUGGAGGACAUACAUCCAGAUCCAGAGCAAGUCUCACAAUGCUAGCAAAGCACGGCGUUUUUUUGAUGGUGUCACACGAACAACAAAGUCGCUGGAGCCCUGGCUGUUUGCCAUCCAAGCGGAGCAGAUAAGGAAGAAACUGGUUGAAAAUGUCCAGAGGGGAGUUACUGGAGAUAUAUAUGCAACAAUCCCUGAAACUGGGUUAACAAAUCGGAUCAAAGCUUUAUUUGAACAUGCAAUUGAGACUGAAAAUGGGGCUCAUUGCCCAUUGCUGUGGAGGCUAUAUAUAUACUUUAUGGUUUCUUUGGGAGAUAAAGAAAAAAGUAAAGGAUUAUUUUACAGAGCACUUCAGAACUGCCCAUGGACAAAAGUGUUAUAUAUGGAUGCCAUUGAGUAUUUCCCAGAUGAACUGCAAGACUUAAUUGAUCUCAUGACUGAGAAAGAGUUGAGAAUACGGCUACCAAUAGAGGAGCUGGAGUUGCUACUUGAAGACUAAAGAGUGAUACAAAGAUGGGGACGUCAGUUUAAUGAAUUUAAAUAUUGUCUUGUGAGGAAAUACUCUGGACAUUCUGCAUAUUUUUAAUAGAUGAAAGACAGCUUUUCAUCAUCCUUGUUUCUGUACCUCUGUUCCAUUGAGUACAAGGGUGGAUACAAAAUCAUGCCCUUCUUAUAAUUCUUUUCUCAAAUAGACUUCUUGGAGUCUUUCACAGGGACUUUUCAAGAUAUAAUGCUGGGACUAGGCAUACAAUGGACAUGGGUUCACAUGGUGACUUUAUACAUGAAUAUCUAACCACGAAUAGAGGAUCCUUUUAUUUUAAGUGAUGUACAAGACAAGACUCAUAGAACUGUGUAUUAAUAGGACAAAUUACAUGAUAAAUGGUCAUGCAAACCUGAAACAGAUGUUAUUAGUAUUUAAUAAGUGACCAUUUUAAUGUUAAAAAAAUCUUCUU